CGGAUUGUAGAUUAGAUAAAUAAUUUGAGAGAAAACUUUAUAAGAAGAAAGAAAAAGACAUGAAUGUCUAAGAGGAAAAUCAGCAUGCACGUCACCACGUGUAGCAGUACCCAAACCGAGAGGCUAAUUACCAUGAACUGUUCCUAACGGAGUGCGGGAUACUUAACGCGUACGUCGCGAUGGAGGGUUCCGCGGCUACUGACGUGUUUACGGUGGCACGCGACGCGAUAGGCGAUAGCCGAUAAGUAAUUAAUAGGCAAGUAGUAUUAAUUGGCUAGGUAGAGUAGGCGAGGUCGAGGAAAAUCCUCAGUAGUAUAGUAUAUAGUACUGACGAGAUCGGCCCGGGGAGGCACGUGCUCGCGGCGAUCGAUCACAGAUUUCAUUCUUGUAUACAGUACGCGUUCAUGGAGGCCUUGGCGUCGUUCAUGGAUUUGGAGGGGCGGCCCCAUCAGCAUCGGUGGUCGAUGAGGAGGGGCGGCGGCCUCUUCUUCCCGCAGAUCAGCAGCGCUGCCGGAGAAUUAGGCUGGUCCAGCGAUAGCUCCACGGCUUCGAGCCCGGCGCCCUCGACGUUGUCGUCUUCUUGCAUGUCAUCCCCUUGGGGCGGCGGCAGCGGCCGCUGGUCAGCUUCUCCGGCUCCGGCGGCGUCAUCCGGGCUCCACCAGAUGGUCCGCGACAACUACACGCAAGGACUCAUCCGGGCGUUCGGCCGCCGCCGCCAUGACGAAGCUCUCCUCCACAAGUGGUUCUCGCAGCUGGACGUCGAGUGGGUUCUGCUCCUCCACGCCGGACAAAGAGAUCUAGACUCCUCCUCCGUCGAAGAUUUGAUGGCGUUGAUGGAGCGGUGGAUGAGAGCUCUCCUAAUCAUGGUGCAGGUCCUCUCCAUGACGCUGCUCGAGCUCCGAGACAGAAGGUCGUCGUCAUCACUCGCCGGCACCGACGACGACGAUGCCUUCCUGCUUCGCACAAAGGGAUCGGCAGGCAACAGGUCACCGGCACCGGAGCUGCCGGACUUCGUGUGCGUGCAGGAGGUUGUGCAGUUCGCGGAGGCGAGCAUCCUCAGGAUGCUGGCCUUCGUCGACGCCAUCACACUAGCCGCUCUCAACGACGACCACCGCCGCCGCCACCGGGAGCCGGAGAUGCUCCCGGGGAUGCUGUACCUCUACGACUGCUUCUCCGACGCCUCGCCAACCGUCCUCGCCUUCUUCAAAGAGGCAUCCGAUGUCCUCCGGCUCCGGCUCCGGGAAGAAUGAGGCGCGGCCGGGGCCGGCAUUUGACGACGCCAUCAAUGGCAUCUUCUCGCGGAAGAGGUCCAAGCUGAGUGAUGCUAUCUGGGGAAUGAUGGAGAAGGUUCGGGCAUCCUUCCUGAUGGACACCUUCUGGCAAGUCUCACCGGACGCAGCUGAUGAUGAACUACAUCGCACUUGUUUGGUGCAACGGAGACGUGCUCAAAUUCAUCCUACAGGAUCACCACUUCCGCUUGUUCAUCUCCGACACCGAGGGCUUCAACGCGGUGGUGAACCUAAUCACCGAUAUGAUCUCCUGCCUCAGGAGCAAGCUCGAGGAAGCAUCCCUUCUCAUCUCGGACCCGGGAUUGCGGUGCAUAUUCUUGCUCAACAAUUGGCAGCUUGUCUUGCGCCGCGUUGAAUCCAUGGACCUGCCAUCUUCGGCCCUGAUAGAAACAAGCAUGACACAGAGGUACAUAGAUACUUACCUCCAUGUCUCCUGGUCCCCUCUGCUGAGUUGCCUGUUCAUUGAAAACCCUUCUAUUAGUCUUGGAAAGACAAGAGCCGGCAAACCUUUCGGCUUUCGAAGAUACUUGUCACUUGAUAGGUUUGAGUCAGAAUUCCAAAGAACCUACACAAAUCACAAGUUUUGGAAGGUUCCAAACCCUGACCUUCGGCAGAGACUGCGUCAAGCCAUCGUCCAGAAAGUCGUCACACACUAUAGCAUGUAUCUAGAGGAGCGAGCAGCAAGGGGAAUGCACAAUCAACCGCCCAAGUCCACGCCCGAGCAGUUGAAGGAGUUGUUGGAUGAAUUAUUUGAAGGAUGAUGAUGAGUUCAAUGCAAUUGCUAUGGAAAAUUCACCUCAAUAACUUAGGCAUUUCAGUUGACUCUUUCUCACCAUUGGUUACGCGCUUAAAGGUUUGUGCUCUAGUCAACACUCACUCUAUGGUCGUCUUUUGGUGAUGAUGGUGACAGGCUAAUUUCCUGCCAAAAAAAAAAGUUUGAAUUUCACUUCAGACUUCUGGAAACUACUCCAAAAAAAAAAUUCACCCAGAUGCUAUACUUUGUAGUUUUAAUCUUUGCAUUACAAUUUCAUUAUCCUCUGUACAGAGUAUAUAUUAUAAUCGCUUUGCUUGUACUUUGGUUUUCUAGUGUGUGCCCGCAAAGUAAGAACUACUUCCUCCGUCAGUAACAAGUUGUAAAAUCCUAAAAAAUAACUUAAUUGAGAUGUUAGCUUAUCAA